ACAGACCCCGGCAGGCCAGACGGGCCGAUUCAAGUCAGUAAACUGGAGCACGGUAGUACCAAAACAAGUCAGUAGCCGUUGCUGAAAGGAAAAGAAAUGGAGGGAUAUAUCGAAGCAGGGGAAAAGAUGGGGCUAGAAGGAGAAGUACUGCAUAAGUUUGUUCAGCAGGCCCUGGAGAGGGACGAGAGAGUUAAGGAGAGGGAAGCACAGAGAGUAGAGGCAGCGAAAAGAGAGAAAGAGCUGGAGCUCGAGAGCCAGAAGCUAGAAGCCGAAGCCAAAAGACAGGAGACUGAACUCGAGAAGAUGAGGGUUCAGGCCGCAGAGAGAGACAAGGAGAGACAAGAGAAAGAGAGAGAACGACAGAUGGAGAUGGAGAAGAUGAAGUGGGAAGCAGAGGAAAGAGAGAAAGGGAAAGAAAGGGAACGACAGAUGGAGAUGGAGAAGAUGAAGUGGGAAGCAGAGGAAAGAGAGAAAGAGAAAGAAAGGGAACGACAGAUGGAGAUGGAGAAGAUGAAGUGGGAAGCAGAAGAAAGAGAGAAAGAAAGGCAGGAGAAGGAGGCGGAACGGCGACACCAGCUGGAGAUGAGGCGGUACGGGCCAGAGAGAGGCGCAUUAGAGGAAAUGGAAAGUGCUCGGGCGAAAGCUCCCAAGCUCCCGGCGUUUGUCGACGGGAAGGACGAAGUAGAUGCCUUCCUUCAGAGGUUUGAAAGAUUUGCCAGCUCCAAUGGCUGGAGGGAGGAGGUCUGGGCCUCCAACUUAAGCGCGCUGUUAACUGGGAAGGCGCUGGAAGUAUAUUCUAGGCUCAGUAACGAAGACGCCCAGGACUACGACAAAGUGAAGGUGGCAUUGUUGAAACGUUACAAUCUAACUGAGGAUGGCUUCCGCAACAAGUUCCGACAGAACAAGCCGGACAAAGGGGAAAGUCCAGAGCAGUUCCUG